AUGGCAUCAUUAAGAGAUCAGAGUGAAGCUGCGGCUGUUUCAGACCUCGUAGCGACACUGUCCCCUCCGUCAACAGCACCUCCAAGCUACGGCAACGGAUUCUGGAGGCCCGAAGAAGAGGACGUUGUUACUAUCAAUGGCGACUUCCUGACCGCCGACCUAGCAGGGGCCUCUCAUGCUUCUCUGGUCAGCGAGCGCCUCUAUCGUGUGCAGCAAUCUCAGCACUCGCAUGUAACCGAUUCGGGCUUGGCGUCAUCACAUCGCACCCCCUAUCUCAGGGGCUCCUCUGAAGCUGGCGCUCAGCGGUCGAUGGAAAUUGUCCUGUCAUGGAAUCCUCCAGCGGCUGCUCGGGGCUCCAUCGGAUCAUUCCUCACGAAUACCGUGCAGCGGGAAUCGUCGAGUUUUCUCGGGGUGGGGACACCAACGCUAGAGCCAUCAACCUAUGCUUUCUGUCCUCUCUCGAGCAACUCCAUGCUUCUUGUGCCUCCUGCCAGCGCUGGUCCUCGCCCACAUUAUCACGUCUCUGUUCAUCUAGACUGCUUCAACCCGACAUCAUACAGUACGGUUGUUAGACGAGGCGAAUCUGAGGCAGGUCAGUAUGUUGGCGAGUUCAAGCUGGCGGGCUCGAAUGAGCCAGACAUGGUCACUAUAGGCGCCGAGACAAUGCGAGUCAGCACAGCACUUACGGUCAUUCGCAAGAAGGGAUUUCUAUCGCGCUUGUUGUGCCACCGGGGCGGCGUCGGAUCUUUCGAGCAUUCCUGGAUUUGGCGCUUCGGGAAAGUCCACCUCCUCUGGAGGUGUAACGAUGACAUAUACGAGUGCGCGCUCAAGGCGAGCGAAGAUGGCCGCUUCUUGCUUCCUAUCAUGGUGGCCACUUUUGUCAAGAAGAGCACGGCGAUCGUUGGGAGGUCGACACAUCAACGGCUCGCGGAACUUAAGGUGUAUCCGAAAGGGCUCGCUGUCUUGGACCAGAUCGUGGUGUCUAUCCUCGUCAUUGCUCGGGGGAUAUGA